GCCGUGAUUGGCCGGAGCCGCACGUCAAUCAAAGCGGCCCCCGCGUCUCAUUGGUGAAAGACUAGCCGUCGUCUCCGACUCUCGCGGUACUGCUGCACGAAGAUGGCGGCCGAACUGGUGGAAGCGAUGAACAUGGUCAAAAGUUUCCGGGUCUCAGACCUGCAGACGCUGCUGGCCUCAAUGGGCCGCAGCAAAAGUGGGCUGAAACAGGACCUGGUGGGGCGUGCACUGCGGCUAGUGCAGACUGAAUACAGCCCAGAGCUCCUGAAGAACGUCAGACAGCUCUACGAGUCGCGCUUCCCCAAAACAUCUGGCUGGCUUGCGGCACGGCGUCCGGAGAGCGUCUCAGUUGCCUAUUCAUCCCUCAGCUCCUCCCCCACUGCCACCUCUCAGGGCGCAGACUACCUCAACGGCAUUUCCAAACCCAUCCCCACGCCUGCACCAGAAGUCAAGCUGGUGCCACUGCCCUUCUACCAAACAUUGGAGACACUGUUGCCACCAACAGAGCUAAUUGCCCAGAACAAUGAGAAACUGCAGGACAGUCAGUGCAUAUUUGAGUUAACACCGAAUCAAGCAGACCAGAUCAGAAAUGCAAGUGAGCUUCGUCCAGGAAUCAGAUCUAUCCAAGUGGUUCUUAGACUCUGUUACACAGACUCCAUUGGCGUUCAGGAAGACCAGUAUCCUCCUAACAUUGCUGUCAAAGUCAACCAGUCCUACUGUCACGUGCCGGGCUAUUACCCAUCGAAUAAGCCUGGUGUUGAACCCCGUCGUCCUUGUCGUCCUGUAAACAUCACUCCCUGGUUGCAUCUCUCCAACGCCACCAACAGAGUCACUGUCACCUGGGGAAACUUUGGCAAGCGGUACUCUGUGGCAGUGUAUUUAGUGAGGGUUUUCACUGCGGCGGACCUCUUCAGCCAACUCAAACACUGCUCUGUUGAGAGCGCAGAACACUGUCGUGAACGCAUCCAAGACAAACUACGAUUUGAUCCAGAAAGUGAAAUUGCAACCACAGGCCUGCGAGUUUCUCUCAUCUGUCCAUUGGUGAAGAUGCGGCUCGGUGUGCCAUGUCGAGUUUUAACUUGUGCUCAUCUCCAGUGUUUCGACGCCGUCUUCUUCCUGCAGAUGAAUGAGAAGAAGCCCACAUGGACUUGCCCCGUCUGUGACAAGCCCGCUCCCUUUGAGCUGCUCACUAUUGAUGGGCUGCUAUCUGAGAUUCUGAAAGAGACGAGUGAGGACAUCGAGGAGAUUGAGUACUUAACCGACGGCUCCUGGCGACCCAUCAGAGAUGAGAAGGAGAGGGACAGGGAAAGAGAACGCAGCAACACACCAGAGUAUCCUGUUGUUGAUAUAUACAUUCCUGAAGCAAACGGUCAUUCACCGGCCCACAGCAGCACCAGCCUGACGGGCAAAUCCGGAACCAGUUCCGUGGGGAUGGCAGGAGUCACAGGAGGACCUGCUGUGACGCCGGCGGGAGGUGCAGUGGUAGAUCUGACUCUUGACUCCUCCUCUGAGGAGGAAGGUGGCGGGGCAGGAGGAGACAGCGAGGACACUGAGGACAGCGCUGACAGUCCUGCCCCAAAGAGGGGCCGAUACAACUACGACAAGGACCUGGUCACUGCCUACUGACCCCGCAGCUCUGUCCCCUCAUAGACUGACACACACACACAGACAGAGAGGCAGGGGGCUUAAAAACUCGAAGACAGGAACACAGUAAUCCACUAGAUGCAACAACCCUCCCUUAUGCCCAAACGUCAGAGCCUUUCAGCAGCUCUGGUUUAAAUCCAGACAAAAUAAACACACUCAAACACGCACUGUUAGUGAAUCUUCAAUCUAGAGUGAUUAGGAUUCUUCUUUGUACUGUACACCACUGGAAGCAACUCUUUUCGGCCAACCAUCACCUUGCAGUGAAUAUCUGUACCGUCCUGCCUCUACCGUCGACUAAAAAGACUCAAUGGAUCGAGCACCCCACCAUCACCACCACCCCUUACUCCUUUCUCUCCAGACUAUUCCCUCUCCACCACCGCAUCUCUUCUUUGUAUUUGACUUGGAAUUACAGGCUCUUUUAGCCAUGGCCGUUCAAUGUUUGCAUCUCUGAUUUUUUGUUUUUGUUUUUGUUUUUUGUGGUCACAUUUGUGACGAACAGGCAAGUUGAAAAUGGAGGCUCCUCAGUAGUUUUUGGUAAAAGGUCAAAAACAACUAAUGUAACAGAGCAUGAAUCAUUUGGGGGAGAACGAGGCAGAGAUAUCCGGAGUGUGAUGCAAAUUUAAACCUCCCAUUGUGUUAGUAUUUCUUUGUUCAGAGAAUUAAUUCAAAGCUUGAAAGGGUUUUUUCAGGAAUUUAUCCUUUUAAUUAUGAAAGGGCAGAACACAAUACUGGCCUCAAUGUGUGACGCUUUCCAUUUUUAUUUUGUCCUUAGAUAAAGAGAACCUACCUCAGUCAUAAAAAAAACUUAGCAGACUGACCAGAGACUAGCUUAGAAAGCUGCGAAGGACAGAAGAAUUGAUGAGUCUUUCUGAAGCCAAUUUUACACUGGAGAUUGUUUUCCUACAUUUUUUUUUUUGUUGUUUUUGUUUUAAUUUUAUCGUUCCAUGUAGCUCUGUUCCCUCUGCAGCAACAAAAUCUUUUGAAGGCCGAGUUAGCUCGUGGGUAACCGAGCUUAACUGUAGGUGUCGGUGAUGCAAAAAGUUGCGAGUGAAACUGUGCCACACUCUUUUAAGGGGGUGAUAUAUCGGCAUUGCAUAUGGAAGUAACUCAUCACAAUAAUAACUGUAUGGCAUGCUGUGCCAAAGCAGAUGUAUUUUAAGAAUUUGAUGACAGGAUAUGGUUACAAGAUUUUGGUGCCUUUUUUUUUUUCUUUCUCUCUUUCGUUUUUUGUUGUUGUUGUUGAGUGGUGAAGAUUGGAGUCUGUUGUUUUAAGGCUAGUUGAGCUAGCCAUCAGAUGAGACCCCGGUCUGAGAGAAGGUGUUUUAUUUCAUUUAGGAUUCUUCCUUAGAUGGUUGGGUUGUUGUUGUUUUUUUUUCCAGUAGGCGAAAUGGACAGAGAAGCAGAAACAAAUCUGUGGUAAAGGACAGUUAUGGAAUAGAAGUGCUGCCAUCCUUUUUGCUCCACAUUUUGGUCUCCUUUUUCUGGAAGUAUCAUAUUUAUUUAAUUGCUUCACAUCCUCUUAACAGUUGUUUGUCAUACGUCUACGUAAUCUUUGACUGUGGUUCUGUACAGAUGGGAGUUAUUAGUUGCAGAAAACAGGACACGUCUGCUGUGGUUUUUGAGUGUUAAGUUGUAAUUGGUCAGUGCUCAUGGCUGUGCUGUUGAUGAACACUCCUUUUCUUUUUCCUCCGAAAGAAUCCAGCCUGGGUCAAAGCAGCAUUCAGACUACUUUGCUGCAGUGGGUUCAACAUGUCUGACACAACGAAACUUAAUGAAGUGUCAAUAAGUGCAACCCCACCAAGCUUAAAGUCAUUGAUUGGAUUACAAAUGGUCCUGUCUGGAAUGAGUGGAGCUGCUCCAACAAUCCCCCUCGGCCUCCUUUCAAUGUAGAUAAGGUCACAUCUAUUUGCUGGAAUAGAAUUGGACAUUAAUUGCUACAUGCAGUAGGCUUACAACUAAUAUUCCUCUGCACCUGCACUCGUAUUGUCAGUAUGUGAUGGCUGCUCCUCAGAUACGGAUCCUCGGGCUGCAUGUAGGUUUGUCUGCAAGAAGACCAUCGACGUUCGUUUGAAGGUGAGAAAAGGUUGUUGCUGUGUCGCUAGAGCUGUUUGCACUUUCAUCUGAUAUUUCAUCCCACGUUUAUGGCUUAUUUAUUUUGAAGCCAUCAUGUAGUGAGUAUUAAUCAAGGAUCCCUGGCGGUUGCGAUCAUUUCUCCUCGACCAUCUUAUGUACGGGAGUCAGAAAAAAAUGUGAAAUUAGAAGAGCAGCGGUCUCACUCCGCUGUGAGAAAAACAGUAGUGGUUCAGAUUAGUUCUGCAUUGUACGUUUCCCUCUCUCAUCAUCCCUUUGUUGCGGUUUGAUCGGCACGGAAUCAGUUUUGUUUUUUUUUCUUCUACCUUGCUCAAAUGCACAGAGAAAUGACAUUUACACAUCGAUUCGGGGCCCUCGCUGUUGUAAGUGCAUCCUGAUAGGGUUGAUGAUUGAAAAAGUAGGCCGAGUCAAAUCUGGUCUUCCAUUUUUCUCCUUCCUUUGACACUUUGACAAAACAAAAUCAAUAUACUGAUGAAAAAUAUGUUUGAUAGUCCACACAAAAUUGAUUGAUGGCACUUUGCCUGUAAUACAUCAGAGUGUGUCCCCGAAGCAGAUCUUAUGUAUAAGAUUUG